UUGAUGGUGAAUUUAAAACAAAAAACAAAUGUGUUUGAACACCGUAUCAAUCAAUAAUUCAAUGUGGGAAAAUCAAACGAAGUUCAAAUGAAAAUUAAUAACAUAGUUCAGCGUCUUCGAUAAUAUUCCACCGUUGACAAUUAAAAGUCGAAUUUGAAGUGGCAUUUGCAACAUUUCUGCUUUGCUUAUGCAUCUUACUUACACAGCGAUUACCGUUUUUUUUGUUGUUGUUGAUUAAUCGAAAUAAUUGUUUUGUGAUUGAAUGUCAAAUGAAGAGAGACUAUUUACAACAAAGAACAACAAAUCGCUUUUGUGUUUUCUGAUUGAUGUGCGUUCGUUGGAAUUUUGCUAGCAAAAUAUAAAAUUGUUCGAGACACAUUACUAAAUGAAUGAAAUCAAUUUCAUUUACCGACGUAGUGACUUCAGUAGUGGGGAAAAAAUACAAAACAAAACAAUUACGACAGACGAACAUAAUAGAUUAAAAAUAUAACUCACAUCCGAUUGAAAUUCAUGAAAAUUGAAGAGGCUGCACAAAUUCGAAACAUUUUGGUAUACGCAACGUCAAAGCAAUCAUCAUGUUUGUCAAUGUUUCAAAUAAUUUCGUAGUUUUGUGAUUUCACGUCCUAUUUUGAGGCACACUCGCGCGCAUAUUUGAAAACGCGAUUGCUGAAUGGAGACAAAGCGGCACAGAUCAUUUUCAAAUAAGGACUAGAGCAUCACUCUUUUGUUUAAAAUUCGAUUGAAGCACGUAAUUAUCAUUAGAGCGAUGCCGUCGAUUUUCAAAAAUCCAAGAAAUUUGAAAGGCCUUAAAUUGCUACGCAGUUUACUUGGCACCGAUGCUGGUCCGAAUAAGGUAAUCGAGAUCAAAACUGAUUCGCUGGGAAAUUUGCCAGUGUUGCUACGUGAUGAGGGAAUGGUAUUGUAUGGGCCGGCACUUGGCCAAAUUGAAAAUCGAAAAAUCCAGUAUGAAAUUGUAAUGAAUCGACUAUGCAGCGACAAUCUGAACACAGCAUUCAGCUUGUACCGUGCAACAAAUCAGACUGAAGCCGAAGAAAAAUUCAACUCUUUUUUGCAUCGACUGCCAACGUUUGUUUCAAUUGCCAAAGAGAUGUAUAACAUAAAUGGUCUACAAAAAGUGUGCGACAUUCUUUUGGAGAAUCCAUCGUGGACAAUAGCUCAUUUGAUCACGAAUUUUAAUUUAACCGAAUACAUAAAUCAUCCUAAAGUAUUGGAUCUAAUUGAUGAGGCUGACUAUGUUACAAACAUGACACCAAUUCAACUAGCUAUCAAAUGCAGUCACCUCGAAAUGGUUAAAAAACUAUUACCGCAGUGUAAACUCAAUCAUUUGGAUAAUAAUAUGAAUUCGAUAUUUCAUUAUGCAGCACCAACCACGAAAGAAAUCAUCAAUUUAUUAGUCACAAAAAGCACUGAAAACAUAAAUAAUUUGAACAACGAAGGCUAUACACCGUUACAUCUGAGCUGUCAAUGGGAUAAACCGGACUGCGUAAAAGCAUUGCUGGCCGCUGGUGCUGAUGCCAAUAUACAAAGUGCUAAAACUAAAGGACCAAAUAAUAACAGUACUAUAGCCGUUUGCCGUGAAUUGGACACACGCAAAUUGGCAACCAGUGAAAUGAAAAAUGGUGGAACACCAUUGCACUGGAGCACUUCACGCGAAGUGUUGUUAGAGUUAAUUUUACGCGGAUGCAAUGUAAAUGCUGUCAAUUUUGACGAAAAGAGUGCACUGCAUAUUAUGGUCGAAAAGAACAGCAUUGAGUGUGCCGUUGCAUUGUUAGCACACGAGGCUGAAGUGGAUAUUGUUGACAAAGAUGGUAAUACACCGUUGCAUAUUGCCAUUGAAAAGAAACUACUGCCAAUGGUACAGUGUCUAAUUGUGUUUGGUGCUGAUUUCGAUCGACCAAAUGGACAAGGAAAAACGCCACGUCAUAUGGUUGGCAAAAGCUCACAUCGAAAUGCAGACGAUAAUAUUUUGUACAUUCUUCAUUCGGUUGGUGCACUGCGUUGCCAUGAGAGCAAUACAACUUGUCCCAGUGGUUGUAACUUCAGCGGUGAUUACAAUGGUAUUCCACCGGAGCAACCCGAAUCACCGGAACGUCGUGAACAAAUUUACCAAGUGUUAGCAUCCACAAGUCGAUCGCAUCGAAAUAACAUAGCCAAUAAUAUUACCAACUUUCUAUCGAAUUCAUCCAGCAUAGACUCACCAACUGGUCCUCAGGAGCCAGUUCGAGCGAUUGUUGAUGUGAGCGCUGAGGAAAAAGGACGUACAAUUAUGGAUACUUUGUUGAGUAUGUUUUUGAAGAAGGAAACAGCACCAAAUCUCAUCCGUUUUGACAAUGAAUCGGAAACGAUAAGUCAUGGUGACGAAGCGGACGAAGACAUGGAAGGUGUUGAUGCAGCCGAUGGUGAAAAUGAUGAAACCGAAACCACCGUCCAUACAACCACCGAAACCAAUGAAAAACGUUCGGAGUUGGGUCGUGGACGGCUAUUAUGUAUGGAUGGCGGUGGUAUUCGUGGAUUGGUUUUGGUACAAAUGCUAUUGGAAAUUGAGCAUAUAGCAAAUACACCAAUACAUCAUAUGUUUGAUUGGGUUGCCGGUACAAGUACGGGUGGAAUAUUGGCGUUAGCACUGGGCGCCGGUAAAACAAUGAAACAAUGCAUGUGCUUGUAUCUGCGCAUGAAAGAACAGGCAUUUAUUGGUUCACGUCCAUACACCAGUGACAAUCUUGAGAAUUUAUUGAAAGACACUUUAGGUGCAAAUACGGUUAUGACUGACAUAAAAAAUCCCAAGGUUAUGGUUACAGGUGUUAUGGCUGAUCGGAAACCAGUUGAUUUACACUUUUUCCGCAACUAUAAAUCGGCUAGUGAUAUUCUGGGCAUCGUAACACCAGAUCAAAAUCGUCGUUGUCCUCCACCACCGCCUGAUAAGCAACUCAUUUGGAAAGCAGCUCGUGCAACUGGUGCUGCACCAUCAUAUUUCCGAGCAUUCGAUUACUUUUUAGAUGGUGGCCUUAUCGCAAAUAAUCCAACAUUGGAUGCAAUGACCGAGAUUCAUGAAUAUAAUAUGGCUUUACACAGUGUUGGACGAAAAUCGGAAAUAAUGCCCGUUUCAGUGGUUGUUUCACUUGGCACUGGAUUAAUUCCAGUCACUGAACUAAAGGAUAUCGAUGUUUUUCGACCUGAAAGUUUGAUUGAUAUGUAUAAAUUAACUCAAGGCGCAUCGGCCAUUGGUAAUUUGCUUGUCGAUCAAGCAACAGCCGCAGAUGGACGAGUUGUUGACCGAGCAAGAGCCUGGUGUAGUAUGAUUGGAACACCAUAUUUCCGAUUCAAUCCACAAAUGUCCGAGGAUAUUGCAAUGGACGAGAAAAACGACAUAAAACUAAUUAAAAUGUUAUUUGAGGCUAAAGCUUAUAUGCAUAAAAAUCGAAAUAAGGUCAUCGAAAUGAUAAAUUUAAUCAAAUAGAUUAGAAAACAAUACAUCCUCAAUUCUCUAUACAAACUGUUAUUUGUUAUUUUGUCAACAAUUUGAUGUAAGAAAAAAAAAUCACCUCACUUUAUCUAUCGAUGUCAUAAAAUAUGUUAACUAUUGAAAAAGAUUUUAAGAGAAAACCAAAAAAAAAAAAAAAAAAAAAACAAUUGCACACGUUCCAAAUAAAACGGAAACCAACUACAAUUACAGUGUACAUUUUCAAAUAUCGGCUCAUUUGUUCGUAGCCUGAAUGCAGGUUUAUUCAUAAUAGAAUAUGUCUUUUCUUGCUUGUAUUGAAUUGUUGUUGUGAUUUCUAAACGUUAAGUAAUGUGAUGUAUUAAAAUUAUUUAUUUAUCGAAAGAAAAUCUCAUAUUGAAUACCAGCGUUGCACACUGAAAAUAAAAAAAUUUAACAGUUCGGUGAACAAAAAAAAUUCAAAAUUCACAACUUAAAACCAAGGUGAAAGUUCAGGAUGUUCAUAAAUUCCAAUUACUUUUAAAAUCUGAUCGCUCACUGUACUCCAUUUAUAAAGAAAAUAAAAAAGACGAUUAAAUGUGAAUGGAUCCAAUGCAUUCCUUCGUAAAGAAAACAGAAAAGAUUUAUUUAUUCAGAAAAUGAAGAAAAAAAUGUUCAGCAACAAAAAAAAGUAUUUAAACCAUCAGAAAUGACAUAACACAAAAUCUCUAUACUUUUAGUAACUUAUUCACAACAAUGUAGUAGUUGAAAUCGUUAAUGUGCCAAAGUUGGAAAUAAAAUUGACGUUUUUUUUUUUGUGUUUCGCUUUUUAAA